CAAGGACAAGGACAAGGACAAGGAUAAGGACAAGGAGAGGAAGAAGGACCGUCGCCACCAUCGAUCAUCAAGACGUAGUCCAUCUGUGGACAGCCAGGACAGCAGAUCGGGAUCGGGAUCCGUCUUGGAGACUGGGAGCGAGACCGAUAGCGAGAGCGAGGAGGAUGAGUUGAUCAAGAAAGCAAAGUCGAUGAUUCAGCCCAUUUCGGAAGACGACUACUUUUCGAAAUCAACCGAGUUCAGGCUAUGGCUUCGUCAGGUCAAGAAGAAGUACUUCGAGGAUCUUUCCGCAGACGAGGCCCGACGGUAUUUCAGAAAAUUCGUCCGCGCCUGGAACGAUUUUGAUCUCGAUGAAUCCUACUACAAGGGCAUCCGAUCCUCACAGCUAUCCAGCAAAGAUACAACAAAGUACAAAUGGAAGUUCACCAAAAAGAUUAACCAGGCGGAUCUGGAUAAGGUCGAGGCGAUCAAAGACUCGAUUGACACAAUGACCAAUGUCCGCUUCGCUCAGGAGGUCAACCGAAUCACUGGAAAAGCAACGCCCUCCGGGCCAAGCUCUGCUGCCCCUGCCAGAGUCUUGGGACCCACCAUGCCUCCAUCAAUCGGACCCAGUAGGCCUUACGGAAAACCAAUGACAGCGGAUGAAGUUGCCGAAAAGGAGGAACGAGAUCAGCAAUACCGUCGAAAGCAGCGUGCGGAGCAAAAGGCCCAUCGUAAGAGCAAAGAGGCCGACCUUGAGGAAUUAGUGCCCAAAGCAACCGGGAGGGAGGCAAUGUUGGAGAAGAAGCGAGUACAGAAUGAGUAUCGUCGACGAGAGCGGUCGCCAGAUAUUGAGUUGCCAGAGCAGGAUCUGCUGGGCACAGGCGACGAUUUUAAAUCCAUGUUGGCGGCUGAGAAGCGGCGGAAGGAGGCCAGAGAAGCGAAGCGACAUGGUGGAGCGGACGGAGAUUUGUUCUCCCAAAGACCUUCUGGUCCAAGUGCUGUUUCCAGUGUCACCGAUGCAAAGAAGCAAGCGUACAAGGAAAAGGAGGAGAAGCAGAUCGAGGCCUUCAAACAGCUCUGGGCUCAAAAUCAAGCAGCCAAAGGAUUGUAAUGCAACACGGCCAGCGCUAUAUCAUGUCGCCAGAGCAAUUGUAUACUAUAGUUUGUACUUUGCGCCCCGCAGCAACGAACAACAU